AAUGAAGGAGGAUUUGGUACUAUAUAUAAAGCUACUUGGUUAAAGAAUAAUAUAAGGAAAGAAGUAAUUCUUAAAUGCCAUAAAAAUUUGAAUGAAAAUUUAAAUGAAUUUUUAAAAGAAUGGGAAUAUCAUAAAAGUGUUUUAAGUUCGAGUGAUGUUAUAGAUUUUUAUGGAUUUACAGAAGAUCCAAAUACUUCAAAAUAUAUGGUAGUAAUGGAUUAUGCAAAUAAAGGUAAUUUAAGAGAAAAUUUAACAAGAAUAGUUGAAAAGAAAUGGGAUCAAAAAUUAUUUAUGUUGUACAAAAUUAUUUCUGGACUUAGUAUGAUACAUGAAAAAGACCUUAUUCAUUGUGAUUUUCAUGAUGGCAAUAUUUUAAAUCAUAAUGAUGAUAAUAAUGAUAAAAUUUUUAUUAGUGAUUUAGGAUUAUGUCAACCUGUAAAAUCAUUUUUGAAAAAGUAUGAUAUUUAUGGUGUCAUAACAUUUAUUGCUCCUGAAGUUUUAAGAGGCAAAUCUUAUACCCCAGCUAGUGAUAUAUAUAGUUUUUCUAUGAUUAUGUGGGAACUUACAUCUGGAAUACCACCAUUUAAUAAUAGAGCACAUGAUAUUCAACUUAGUUUAAGUAUUUGUAAAGGUGAACGUCCUGAAAUUGUUGAAAAUACUCCACAAUAUCCAUCAGAAAGACCAUCUUCUAAAGAAGUAUUAAAUAUUAUUAGAAAAUGGAUUUUUCCUCCUUUUGGUGAGGAAAUUGAAGAAUUUAAUGAAGAAUUAAAAUGCAAUAUUAUGGAAUUUAUAAAUGCACCAAUUGGGCAUAACAAUCUAGCUACAAAAUCUCAUCCUAAAGCAUGUUAUACAAGUCGCUUACUUGAUUUUACUAGUAAAAAAUUGAAUGAAAUUCUUGAAAGUGAAGAUUCACAAGCAUAUGAUUGUGUAAUUAGAGAUUCAAGGUCAUUAGGUAUUGAAGGUUCACAAGCUAGUGUAAAAGCGAAUGAAAUGCUAGCAAGUGAAGAUUUGAAUGAUUAUAUAAUUAAAGAUUUGGAGUCAUUAGGUAUGUGCUAUGAUAUAUAAUAUUUGAUAUUAUGCAUUCAACAGAAAUUGUUCUUGAUUUUAUUCUUUUUGGAUUUAUUUAAACACUAAG